CAUUAAAUUAAAUACCAGUACAGCAGAAAAUAAUAAAUCUUCAUUAAUUAAUGACCAAAUAGUUAUGCCCGUAUCUUGGACAGAACCCUUUAAUAUAUCUAGCAAAGAUUUUUAUAGAAGAUUUCCUAAUGGAGCAAAAUUAAGAUGUUAUAGUUGUUUAAAAUAUCAGAGAUUCGCACCUUUUUAUUCUGAUGACGGACUUAUAAGUGAAAUUGAUUACUAUUCUGAUAAAGAUUACAAAUCACUGAUAAAAGUUGAAAAAGUUUUUAAAAAUCGAAACGAUAAUAUGAAGAAACAAAUUAUAGAUCGUCAAAAACAGACAAUCCAUGAAUACUUUUUACCAUUUAGAAAGGAUAGUUUAAAAGAACAUAUUUAUAAUGUGGACGACUCGAAGAAACCAGACGAUGAAAGAACAAUGAUUUUCUAUAGUGAUUCAAGAUUAGAUGGUUUAAAUAAAUUAGUUCGAACUACAGAUAAGCUUACAGAAGAAUAUACUGCAAGAGAAGAUAGACUUUGUGAAAGAACUAUCAGAUAUCACAAUGUUAGCAUUUUGCUUCGUCUAGCUGCAAAAGACAAUUCAGACUUUAAAAUUUUAAGUAUCGAAGAAACGUUUUCAAGAAACUACGAUCUUUCUGCCGAUCAAGAUAUUUAUAAGAAAAGAUAUUUAAUAGAAGAUGAGACGUAUCUUUUAAAAUUUCAAACGGCAGAUGAUUGCAUUAGCCAUUCUCUUAUAGACAUAAUAAAACCAAAAGAGAAGAAAAAAGGACAUGGUUUUGUAUUUACUCACGAAAUGUGGUCUGGAUUUCAGGUAAAUUUGUAUUGUUUUAUGGACAGAAAAUCAGCCUAUUAACA